GGGGAUUUUUCUAAUUGGCCGAAAGCUGAUCCGGCAGGGUUUGGUUUGGAUGUCUUCAGAUUUCCUUGUCUGUAGGUUCUCACAGUUACUCUACAACUCAGAACAGCAAUUGCUGAGGCUGCCUUGCGAAGAGGAUGAUCCUAAACAAAGCUCUGAUGCUGGGGGCCCUCGUCCUGACCACUGCGAUGAGCCCCUGUGGAGGUGAAGACAUUGUGGCUGACCACGUUGCCUCUUAUGGUAUAAACUUGUACCAGUUGUACGGUCCCUCUGGCCAGUACACCCAUGAAUUUGAUGGAGAUGAGGAGUUCUACGUGGACCUAGGAAGAAAGGAGACUGUCUGGCGGUUGCCUAUGUUCAGCAAAUUUACAAGUUUUGACCCGCAGGGCGCACUGACAAACAUCGCUACGGCAAAACACAACUUGGACAUCAUGAUUAAACGCUCCAACUCUACCGCUGCUACCAAUGAGGUUCCUGAGGUCACAGUGUUUUCCAAGUCUCCCGUGGCGCUGGGUCAGCCCAACACCCUCAUCUGCCUUGUGGACAACAUCUUUCCUCCCGUGGUCAACAUCACAUGGUUGAGCAAUGGGCACUCGGUCACAGACGGUGUUUCUGAGACCAGCUUCCUCUCCAAGACUGAUCAUUCCUUCUUCAAGAUCAGUUACCUCACCUUCCUCCCUUCUGCUGAUGAGAUUUAUGACUGCAAGGUGGAGCACUGGGGCCUGGAGGAGCCUCUCCUGAAACACUGGGAGCCUGAGAUUCCAGCCCCUAUGUCAGAGCUCACAGAGACUGUGGUCUGCGCCCUGGGGUUGUCUGUGGGCCUCGUGGGCAUUGUGGUGGGCACUGUCUUGAUCAUCCGAGGCCUGCGUACAGUUGGUGCUUCCAGGCGCCAAGGACCCUUGUGAAUCCCAUCCUGGAAGGGAAGGUGCAUCGCCAUCUACAGGAGCAGAAGUGGACCUGCUGCUACAUGACCUAGCACUAUUCCCUGGCCCGAUGUAUCAUAACCCUUUUCUCCUCUAAAUGUUUCUCCUCUCACCUUUUCUCUGGGUUUUAAACUGCUUUAUCUCCUCAGAGCUCACAAAUGCCUUUUGCAUUCUUUCCUUGACCUCCUGAUUUUUUUUUCUUUUCUCAAAUGUUACUUUCUAAGAGAUGCCUGGCGUAAGCCACCCAGCUACCUAAUUCCUCAGUAACCUCGAUCUAAAAUCUCCAUGAAAGCAAUAAAUUCCCUUUAUGAAACCUA